GCGAGGGAGGAUGCGGCCCCGGCCCCGGCCGGCCGCGGGCGGUGGGUGGGCGGUGAGGGCGGCGCAGACGGGGCUCAGCUUGGGCGUGACGGUGGGGCUCUUCCUGCACGACACAGAUCUCCGGAGGCAACUGGAGCAGAGAGAACUUCUCCAACCUCUUUUGUUCAUUGUGCUGGUUCUCUCUUCCGUUGUCCUGUAUUUUGUUGUGUCGCUCAUGAAUCCAGGCUACGUUGAGGACGACAGCGGGGACGAGAAGGACUCAAUGGCCGGAGAAGAGAAGGCCAAAACGUUCCCCCAGGCUCCCAACGUUCGUCUCAGACGGUGUGGAUACUGCAUGGUGAAGCAACCUUUGCGAGCCAAGCAUUGCCAGGCGUGCCAGCAAUGCGUCCGCCGCUACGAUCAUCACUGCCCUUGGAUCGAGAACUGCAUCGGGGAAAGGAACCACCCCCUUUUCGUACUCUACUUGGGGCUGCAGCUCGCGGUCCUGCUCUGGGCUCUGCAGGUGGCUUGGUCCGGCUUGAAUUUCCAGUCCUUUUCCUGGCUCUGGCUUCAAUGCCACCUGCUCCUCCUCCUCUCCUUCCUCCUCCUCCUCAUCUGCACCGUGAUCGCGAUGCUCCUCCUGGGCUCCCACCUCUACCUCGUCUCUUGCAACACAACCACCUGGGAGUUCAUGUCCCGCCACCGCAUCUCCUACUUGAAACACUGCAAGGUGGAGAACCCCUUCGACCAGGGGGUCCUCCUCAACCUCUGGAGGUUCUUCUGUGCCUGUCGUCUGAUGGCCUGGGAGAAACUCUACCCGCCGGAGGAAAGCGAGCUGGUGUGAGGGCAGGAGGAUUUCAAGAGAAAUCCACCGGAUCGCACCGCCCGGAAGUCACAAGGGAAGCUUUGGAGGUGACGCCGAAGCACCGAUCAUCACCCUGACCUGGGAGGAGGGCUUGUUUUCACCUCUUCUAACCAAAGGCUAAAAUUGGAUGGGUCACGUUGGGGUGAGCCAACGAGGGGGUGAGGGCCCUAACCCUAACAACUGGAGAUUCAGCUUUGAGAUUUGGAGAUCUGGGCAGAGGCUACGAAGGAGAACUGAAGGAAGCCGACAGGGUCGGGGCAGGAGGAAGAAGGAAAUGCAGGCAGCCCAAGAUGAAGCGGUCCAGAACACAAACGAGGCAGAUUUCGGCCAGACGUUCGUAUCGAAUUGAGACCGGAGAGGCAGGCGCUCCUUGGAAGCUGAGCUUCAGGUUUUGCUAAGGGACAACAAGGCGUAUCCAGCCGUGAGAAGUUGAAGAGCUUUAGCAAAAAAAAAAAAAUGGUUUUAACUCAACACUAAUGUUAAUAAAAA